UGGAUCGACUACGCAGCCCAGCAAGCACAAUUGGUGCAGAAGACCGUCGAAGACACACUAGACUCUGCAAUUAACAUCACCAGAUCUCGUCUCGACCGCUUUCUGACCACUGGAUCCGCUCAUCUUCAACAGACCAUCGACCUUGUCACGAGGAGGAUGAUUGGCGGUGGUAGUGCAGAAAAUGGUCUCUACUUCUUGAAUCAACUGGACUAGCUUGCUCAUUCUUCCACCACGAGUCCUACUACCAAAGAUGAUCUAUGGCUGUGGCAUCGGCGUCUUAGGCAUCCUUCUUUUUAUUUACUUACGUAUUUAUUUUCAUCUAUUUUUGCAAACAAUAAUAUGUCUGAGUUUCUUUGUGAGUCUUAUCAAUUUGGAAAAUAACACAGAGCUUCUUUUGCUCUCAGUUUUAAUAAAAGUUUAGUUCCUUUUUUAUUAAUACAUUCUGAUAUCUGGGGUCCAUCUCGUGUUAUGUCUGUGAAAGGUCAUCGAUGGUUUGUUAUAUAUUGAUGAUUUCUCUCUUACUACUUUUGGUGUGUCUCAUGAAAGACAAGAGUGAAGUUUUCUCUGUGUUUCGCAAUUUUCAUCGGAUAAUUUGUACUCAGUUUGGGGCCACUGUCAAAAUCUUCCGUUCUAAUAAUUGGGGGGGUGGGGAAUAUAUAGAUUCUGGGUUAGGGCAAUAUUUUUCUGCCAAUGGCAUUGUCUAUCAAACCUCUUUCACCAAUAUCCCUUAACAAAAUGGGGUGGCAAAACGCAAGAAUCAUCUUCUUGACAUGGCUUGGUGUAUGUGUUUUUCUAUGAGUGUACCUCGGUCCUACUUGGGCGACGUUGUUCUCACCGCUGUCUAUCUUAUUAAUCGCCUUCCUGCCCAGGUCUUGCAAAAACAAGCUCUCCUUUAAGUCCUCCUAGGUUUUGAGUCAUUGUUUUCUAUUCCUCUAAAAAUAUUUGGCUGUGUCUGUUUUGUCCACAAUCACUCUCCUACUCGUGCUAAGUUGGACCCUCGCUCCCUCAAAUGUGUUUUGCUUGGGUACUCUCCUACUCAAAAGGGAUAUAAAUGUUAUCACCCUCCUUCUUGUAAGUGGUUUGUGUCCAUGGAUGUCACAGUUUUUGAGUCCCAGUCCUAUUUCUUGUCCUCUCUGGUGUCACAGUCCUCCCUUUAGGGGAAGCCUUAGUGUGAAGUGAUUCCUGUGAUUCCUAUGGUGGAACCUGUUGUUCUUGCCCCACCACCUCUUACUGGGACUAAAAAACCCAAUGUCACCAAAGAUCGGGAAAUGCAAGUUUAUGUCAGAGACAAAUGUAGACAGAAAGUUAACUGGAUACAAGAGAUCACUUCUGCUCACCCACUGCCAUCUCCUGCUUUUGAUGAGAAUCCAGGUAACUUUGACUCUCUUGAGUCCACUAAUCUUGAUACUCCUAUUGAUCUUGAUGUUCCUAUUGCUAAACGAAAGGGUGUGAGAUUUUGUAUUCAACAUCCUUUCUCAAAUUUUGUGUUCUACUCUCAUUUGUCGUCCUCAUAUAGAGCCUUUGUGUCAAAUAUUUCCUCUGUUAGCAUUCCUAACCAUUUCUAGGAUGCUCUUGCUAUCUCUGAGUGGAAACUUGCCAUGAUUGGCCAAAUGAAAACACUUAGGAAGAAUGACACAUGGGAAUUGACUGAGUUACCUAAGGGCAAACGACCUGUGGGAUGCAAAUGGGUGUAUGCUGUGAAACACAAAGCAGAUGGUUCUAUUGAGCGGUACAAGGCUAGACUUGUGGCAAAAGGGUUCACUCAGACAUAUGGCGUUGGCUAUCAGGAGACCUUUGCACCCUGGCUAAGAUGAAUUGUGUCAGAGUACUUCUCUCUCUAGCAACUAAUCUAGAUUGGCCACUUCAUCAGUUUGAUGUAAAGAAUGCCUUUCUUCAUGGUGACCUCGAAGAAGAGGUAUAUAUGGACAUUCCUCCUGGUUUUGAGGAUCAUUAGACAGAGGGUAAAGUAUGUCAGUUUUGGAAGUCAUUAUAUGGUUUCAAACAGUCUCUAAGGGCUUGGUUUGAGAGAUUCACUCAGGCUAUGCUUAAAUAUGGCUUCAAACAGAGUCAGACAGAUCACACCUUAUUUGUGAAACAUUCCUUACGUGGUAAGACUAUAGCGCUUAUUGUUUAUGUGGAUGACAUAGUUCUUACAGGUGAUGAUAGUGAGGAAAUACCUCUGUUAAAGAAAUAUUUAGCAAGUGAGUUUGAAAUCAAAGACUUGGGGAGCUUGAAGUAUUGUCUGAGAAUUGAAGUUGCUCACUCUAAGGAUGUGAUAUUUAUUUCACAGAAGAAGUAUGUGCUUGACCUACUAAAGGAAACUGGGAUGCUUGGCUGCAAGGUCUGUGAUACUUCACUAGAACCCAAUCAGAAACUGGGGGAUGAUGAAGGAGGAGUAGCUGUUGAUAGCGGAAGCUAUCAGCGUUUAGUGGGUAAACUCAUUUACCUAUCUCACUCCUGUCUUGAUAUUGCUAUUGCUGUCAGUGUGGUUAGCCAGUUUAUGCAUGCUCCUCAUCAGAUUUACUUCAAGGCUGUCCUAAGAAUUUUGCGGUACUUGAAGUCUACUUCUAGUAAGGGUCUUUAUUUUUCAAAGUAUGAUCAUCUUCGUGUGGAAGCCUAUACAGAUGCUGACUGGGCUGGAUCAGUAACUGAUAGGAGAUUGACUUUAGGAUAUUGCACCUUUGUUGGAGGCAACCUAGUUACUUGGAGGAGUGAGAAACAGAAUGUGGUUGCCAAUUCUAGUGCAGAAGCUAAGUUUAGAGCUAUAGCAUAAGGGGUGUGUGACGUCUUAUUGAUCAAGUUAUUGUUGAGUGAUCUAGGUAUUGAUUAGACGAACUUCAUGCGGUUAUACUGCGAUAAUAAGGCAGCCAUCAACAUCGUUUACAAUCCGGUUCAACAUGAUAGGACAAAACAUGUUGAGAUUGAUCGCCAUUUCAUUAAGGAAAAACUCACUAGUGGCACAAUAUGUACUCCAUUUGUGCAGUCUGGUGAACAACUUGUUGAUAUCCUCACCAAGGGAGUUGAGAGUAAGCCAUUGUAUGACAUCCUAGGCAAGCUGGGCAUGAGAGAUAUCUUCGCACCAGCUUGAGGGAGAGUGUUAGAAUAUUAUUAGUUGGGUUUUUUAUUCAAUUGUAAUUAUUCUAUGCCUUGGGGCUGUCUUGUAAUUAUUAAUCUUUAUUAAUAUAAAAAGAGGAUGAUAUCACAAUCAUUCCCUAAUCUUGGUAUUCUCUAAAAUUAUCACAACGCUUUAUUCUAUUUACAGGUUGAUACUUCACACUUUGUCUCUUAAAACUCUAACACAAAAGUGGUGGAUCCCAUGAUUUAAACCAAUAACUAUUCUUUAUCUUUUAACCCCUAUCCCUAUGUUUGGAUGGCAAGAAUCAAAUAGAGGUAAUAGGAAUUACAUUAACUUCAAUCAUAUUACUACAAAUAGAAUUUCUAAAGGGAAGGUGGGGAUCCAAAUCUUACUUAGUUAAUAAUGCGAUUUAGGGUGGAGUAGGUAAUUAGAAAUCACAUUCCUAGAAGUCAUAUUCUUAUUUUAUUUUGUUUCAAAUAUUGAAAUUAUGAGGAUCUAAAAUGGCAUUUUCAUUCUGCUUCAAUAUUACUACCAUCCAAACAUGUGAUAGAAAUUUUGAGAAUGAAUGUGAACAUGAUUUACGAUCCCAAUGAUUCUUAAAUAUAUAAGAGAAAGGCUAGCUUACAAUAGAUAUAGUCUUGUCAUUUUUCAUAUAGAAGUCUUGACUAAUCAUAAUGCUUGAAUGACAUUAAUGUUGGAAUUUAAUUGCUAGUAAUGAGAUUCCCAUUCCUUGUCUUUGAUUCUUGCCGUUCAAACAUGGGCUAAGUUCAACUAGGUUAUAUAUACGUAAUUUUAAUGAUAAGAGGAAGUGACUUUUUAUGUGUAUUUUUUGUUUGCUCAUUCUCUCUCAUGGGGUGUAUGAUGGGGUAAAAUCAUCUGUAAUAAAAAAGUAGUUUGAGUUUAAUGCUUGUAAUAAUUUUUAUUUUUUAUUUUUUGUUAAAGAAGUUUUAAAAACUCUAGGCUAAUUUGGCACUUGGCAGGAGAUUUUUCUUUUGUUAGGUCCCAAGUGAUAAAAGAUAUAAGAUUUGUCAUAUUAAUUUAUUUUAUUUCCUGAAUUUGUAAUUUUUGUUUUUUAUUUUAUCAUCAACCAAUAUGGUUCUAGUGCUAUUCGUAUCUAUGUUUCAUUCAAUAACCUG